GAUGGCGGAUAGCCGGAUAGAAGUAAACAUUUAAGGUUAAAUUGAUGAUGUGAAUUUUUAAUUAUUGCUAAAUAUAUUUUUUUUUACAUCAUUACAACAGAAAUACAAUAGAGUGUAUUUCUUAAAUUAAUUGACCUUGUAAUUAUUAAUUAAAAAUUUUAAUUUUUGUAUACAUAAUGGAGAUUGAUAUGAAUUUGAUGAUAAACUUUGUGCCGAUAAUUGCGACAAUUUUAGCCCUUACAAUUGCAUCUUUCGUCGUUAUUCAAAGAUUAAAACAAAGAUGGCCUAAAACUCUCAAUUGUUGGUUUUGUAAUGCUAACUCUAAGAUUUGUAGAACAAGUCUAGACUGGUGGAAAUGUCCCAGUUGUCACCAAUAUAAUGGAUUUUCAAAAGACGGUGAUUACAAGUAUGACAUACCGGAGCAACGGAGUAAGUCCUUAAAUAAACCAGCUGGACAUUAUUCAUCGGGAAAUAAAAAUCAACAGACAAGGAAAACCAAUGGAUUGUGUAAAAAAUGUAACAGUAAUGAAGAGCUUAAAGUUAUCGAGUUACGUUCAAUUGAUCCUCUGCGUUGGCGUCCGUCUGAGGUUGAGAGUUUCAAACAAAGUCUCGACGAAAAAUAUCCUCUGUGUAAAAAAUGUAAUUCAUUUGUUAAAAAAGUUAUACAGAAACAGAGUCAUUGGUUGAUGCAGUAUAAAAUGCUCUUUUUUAAGCAGAGGUCUAUGGAAAUCACAGUAAAACAUAAAACAAUGUGGGAAAAGCUUUGUCGCACAAUUUUAACAUUUUUGAGCGCCGGUAUCAUUUAUUAUCCAACAAAUCAGCAGUUAUCAAUUAUUGGAGCAUUGGUACAACUCGUGACGGUAACGAGAGUACACAUUACCAAAAGAAAUUUUGAUUUAUUACUGACAUUAAUUUGGGUAGGAAUUUGUAUAUUAAUGCCUUUUAGUAAUAUAAGAUUACUAAAGCUUAAAUUUAAAAUUGAGCCGCUUGAUUUGGAGUACAUAACUGGUUAUGGGAUUAUUGCUGUUUUAUCAAGUGUUUUGGGUUUUAUUAAUUUAACUUCAAACAACCCAUCAAACGGCAAUGUAAAUAUAUCAUUUAAAAAACUAGAAUCACCUAUAGCUAGUAUUAAUACUGUCCACAAGGAAUUAAAUAAUGCUGGUUACUGUAACCAAAAAAAUAGUAUUGAUACUUCAAUCCACAAUCAAAAAGAAUAUUGCAAUAAAAAACUUGAAAAAGAUAUGUCGGUUCGAAAAUCACUCGUUAAUACAACACAUUUAUUGAUGACAGAUACAUCUUUUGACUCGCCAGCAACAAUCAAAGCUUCAAUGUCACCGUAUUUCAGAAUAUGUGAAAGUCAACGAAGCUCAAUUUCAAAUGAAUUUACACCGAAGAAUAUAAAUGUUCCGACAAACAUUUCAUUUAAAGGUUCUCCAGAAUAUAAUCAUAAAAAUCCUGAGAAAUACGCUCUGAAUGAGAGCUUGAAAACUUUGAGUAAUUUAUCUUUAGACAGCAACCAUAAGCAGACCUCAAAAAAUUCUCAAAUUUUUGAGACCAAAACUUAUGGCACAUCUAGUCCAGAUUUAUUUCGCCGAAACUACAGAACCUCUCAGAAUAAAUUUAUUCUAGCACCACCGAAACUCAAAUCAGUAACUCAAACGUCUUGGGUAGCUGGAGGGUACUGGCAAAUGGGAAUGGAUUCACCAACGUUAUCAAGAUCAUCAAGCCAGAGCUCCGGAUUUGGAUCUACUGCUUCAAACCUCGGGCCAUCUCGGGAGCCAUCUGUCCUCAAUGAAGUAGACAGAUGUUCUGUAGUAUCUGAAGUUUUACCUUGUUAUAAUGCUCAACGGCAGACCAGUGUUGGUUCCGCAAACUCAUUUUGUCAACACGGUCCAACUUAUCGUGUAGCAACUCCAGACUUUAACGGGUGCAUGGGGACCUCUCACAGUCCACCGCCUAAUUUAAUAAUUGCAACUCCUUGUAAUCAAUCAUUCCAGAAACAAUCGUGUCACAACUAUCACAUCAGCGAUCAGUGUACGAAUGGUAACAUCAGUUACAAUAUGGUUCCACAAACUCCACAAAUAUCAUCGUGUAACGCUUCUCAUCCUAUCAGCAUUUUGAAUAGCCCUAUUUGGCUACCAGCUCUGCUCUGUGGAUCUAUUGUCUUCAACAUGGUUGUAUUUUGUACCGUAUUGUUGCGUUAGUUUUAUUUUUUAUAAUCAAAUUUAAUUUUUUUGUUGUUUUGAAAUACUCACUGCUUACACAAUCAUUGCCACUACAAUCAAGUUUUGAUAAUUAUUUGAUGUACAUCAAUGAAGAGGAUUUCAUCCGUCAUAGAAGUGAAUUUCAAGACAAUUAAAACUAUCAUUAUUAUUAUUAUUAUUAUGAAGUAUAUAAAAAGUAUCCAAAACAAUAGAUUGAUAAAUGCGUUUUGCGCAUUACACUCCGAAACUUGUGAUAAAAUAUUGUUCGUGUGUGUUCAUUAGGAUACGUAAUUAAAUGUAAAAGUCUCCAAUGUGUAAUAUAUAUUAUCCAUCUGUUAUUGAUCAUUUUUUGUGAUUAAUUUUAUUUUAUUAUUCAAAUAGAUAUUGUUAAUUAUUUAAAUACUUUUUAUUACUUAACAAUGUUUAUAUAAAUUUACUUUCUUAUAUACAAAAAAUACUUAUAUAUUUAUAUACUUGUAUAUUUAUUAAAUUAUUAUACACAUGAUCAAUAAUAGCGGACCAAAUUGUUAUUCCGGAGACGUUUACAUAUGUACAUCUCUCAAAUAGAUAUAAUGCGAGUACUGAAUAAAAUAAUUAAAACCAUUAUCACUUUUAUUUUGUAAGUGAAAUAAUCAUAAUUAAUUGAUAUGAGUAGUUUUGAUAAUAAUAAUAAUUUAUAUUGUCUUUCAAAUACAGCAUAUUAAUAGAAAAUCGUGCCGAAACUGCAUUUAACCCAAAAGUUGCUUUAUUUUAUUUUAGUUUUUUUUUUUUUUUUUUUAUAAUAAAUAAAAAACACUUUCAAGUUUUUA